AAAACACUAAACAAAGGAGGAAGGCACUGAGAUGUGGAAUUCAGGGCAGAUAUUAUGAUCCCCACGUGGCAGAGGAGGAAAUUGAGGUCCAGAGAGCCCUAACCAGGUAAAGCACCAACCAAAUGGAUGGAUCUGAAGAACUACACCACCGUGACCGAAUUCUUCCUGAUUGCUUUUACUGAGCACCCUGAGUGGGGACUUCUGCUCUUUUUGGUGUUUCUGGGUUUCUACCUCUUCACUCUGCUGGGCAAUGCAGCCAUGAUGUUCCUGAUCCGCAAAGACCGCCGGCUCCACACGCCCAUGUACUUCUUCCUCAGCCACCUCUCCUUUGUGGACAUCUGCUACUCUUCUGCCAUUGUCCCUCAGCUUUUGGUUGUUCUGUUGCAACACGGUGCGCUCAUCUCGCUGGCUCAGUGCGCUGCUCAGUUCUUCCUCUUCACCUUCUUGGCCUCCAUUGACUGUUACCUCCUGGCCAUCAUGGCCUAUGACCGCUAUGUGGCCGUGUGCCAACCCCUGCUCUAUGUAACCAUCAUGACGGAGAAGGCUCGCGCAGGCUUGGUUGUGGGUGCUUACGUGGCUGGCUUCUCCAGUGCAUUUGUGAGAACUGUCACAGCUUUUAGCCUGACCUUUUGUGGCCACAAUGAGAUCAACUUCAUUUUCUGUGAUCUUCCUCCUCUGUUGAAACUCACCUGUGGGGACAGCUACACUCAAGAGGUGGUGAUUGUCGUGUUUGCCCUUUUUGUCAUGCCUGCCUGUAUAGUGGUGAUCUUGGUCUCCUACUUGUUUAUUAUUGUGGCCAUCAUGAGGAUUCGCUCUGCGGGGGGCCGGGCCAAGACUUUCUCAACCUGUGCCUCCCACCUCACUGCUGUGGCUCUCUUUUUUGGGACCCUUAUCUUCAUGUACCUGCGAGAUAAUUCCCGCCAGUCCUCCGAGGAAUAUCGAGUGGUGUCAGUGCUCUACACAGUGGUGACGCCCAUGCUGAACCCCCUCAUCUAUAGCCUGAGGAAUAAGGAGGUAAAGGAGGCUGUCAUGAAAAUUCUGAACAGAUCCAAGACCUUGGGAAGGUCCUAG